AUGGACACAAAGGGGCCUGGAAGAAUUCUGUGGAAGAGUGGACAACAGAAGACUGGACUGAAGAUCAUUGAUCUGGUAGCCUUGCUCCAGAAGCCUGUUCCUCCUAAUCAAGCCUCAGAAGUCAACUCCUUUGAAACUUCCCAACAGCAGGGCUUUGGCCAAGCCCUUGUUUUCACAAAUUCUCAGCACAACAAUCAGAUGGCACCAGGGACUGGCAGCUCCACUGCUGUCAACUCCUAUGCUCCUCAGAGCUUGUCAUCUGUCCUCGGUUCAGGAUUUGGAGAGCUUGCACAGUCAAAAAUGGCAAACAUCACCAGCUCACAGAUUUUGGACCAGUUGAAAGCUCCGAGUUUGGGCCAGUUUACCACCACCCCAAGUUCACAGCAGAAUAGUACAAGUCCCCCCACAACCACUUCUUCUUGGGACCUCAAGCCCUCAGCUACCCAGUCCUCAGUCCUUAGCCAUUUUGACUUUAAAUCUCAGCCUGAACCCUCCCCAGUUCUUAGCCAGUUGAGCCAGCGACAGCAGCACCAGACUCAGGCAGUCACUGCUCCUCCUCCUGGGUUGGAGUCCUUUCCUUCCCAGGUAAAACUCCGAGAGUCAACACCCAGAGACAGCACCUCCACUGUGAACAAACUCUUGCAGCUUCCCAGCCUGACUGUUGAAAACAGCCCUGUGUCUGCCCACCAGCCACAGCCUAAACACAUCAAGCUCCCUAAGCGGCGGAUACCUCCAGCUUCUAAGAUCCCAGCUUCUGCAGUAGAAAUGCCUGGCUCAGCAGAUGUUACAGGAUUAAAUGUUCAGUUUGGUGCCUUGGAAUUUGGAUCAGAAUCUUCUCUCUCUGAAUUUGGAUCAGCUACAAGCAGUGAAAAUAGUAACCAGAUUCCCAUCAGCUUGUAUUCGAAGUCUUUAAGUGAUUCUUUGAAUACCUCUCUGCCAAGGACCAGUGCAGUACAGAACUCCACCUAUACAACUUCAGUCGUUACCUCCUCCAGUCUGACCAGUUCAUCCCUGAGCUCCACUAGUCCAGUAACAACACCUUCCUCCUAUGACCAGAGUUCUGUGCAUAACAGGAUUGCAUACCAAAGCUCUGUAAGUCCAUCAGAGUCAGCUCCGGGAACUGUCAUGAAUGGACAUGGUGGUGUUCGGAGUCAGCAGACAAUAGACACUACUUCCUCCGUUCCAGCUCCAGAGACAGCAGACCCUCCCUGCGCGCCCCCGCCUGUGGGCCCCCUGCCCAGUACCACCUCCUGCGCUGUGCUUCUACCCUCCGCAUCCCAGCACACUGCCACUUUGCCUGCCUUGUCCCAGCCUGGUGACCUGUCCAGCAGCUCUCUCUCUCAGCUUAGCAGUUCACUCUCCAGCCAUCAGAGCAGCCUCUCCUCUGCGCAUGCGGCCCUGUCCUCCAGCACGUCACACACACAUGCCAGUGCGGAGAGCACCCCUUCCCUCCAGUCCUCAUCCACCUUCUCAACGGCGACAACCUCCGCCUCGAGUGCCAUGUCCUCAGGGCUCAGCUUGCCGAGCAGCAGCGUGAACACCGUGAACAGCGCCCCCAGCAGCAGUACCAGGGCCACGCCCUUGGUGACCUCAGGCAAAGCACCCCCCAACCUGCCCCAGGGGGUGCCCCCCCUGCUGCACAACCAGUACCUCAUGGGUCCCGGAGGACUGCUUCCUGCUUACCCGAUCUAUGGCUAUGACGAGCUCCAGAUGCUGCAGUCACGGCUGCCAGUGGAUUACUACGGAAUUCCCUUUGCUACGCCCACAGCCCUUGCCAGCCGAGAUGGGAGCCUCGCUAACAACCCAUAUUCAGGUGAUGUCACAAAGUUUGGCCGAGGUGACUCUGCAUCCCCUGCGCCCCCCACCACACUGGCUCAGGCACAGCAGAGCCAGUCCCAGGCCCACCAUACAGCCCAGCAGCCCUUUCUGAAUCCUGCACUGCCACCUGGCUACAGCUACACUGGCCUCCCCUACUACACAGGCGUGCCCAGUGCCUUCCAGUACGGGCCCACCAUGUUUGUCCCUCCGGCCUCAGCCAAGCAGCAUGGUGUGAAUCUCAGCACCCCCCCCACCCCUUUCCAGCAGGCCAGUGGGUAUGGCCAGCACAGUUACAGCACAGGUUAUGAUGACCUGACCCAGGGGACAGCAGCGGGAGACUACAGCAAGGGUGGCUAUGGUGGAUCAUCGCAGGCACAAAACAAGUCUGCAGGUUCUGGGCCUGGCAAAGGCGCGUCUGUGUCUUCAAGCACCACUGGCCUACCUGAUAUGACUGGUUCUGUCUAUAAGACUCAGACUUUUGACAAGCAGGGAUUUCAUGCAGGGACUCCUCCCCCGUUCAGCCUGCCCUCGGCCUUGGGCUCCACCGGGCCCUUGGCCCCUGGAGCAGCCCCUGGUUAUGCGCCGCCACCGUUCUUGCACAUCCUGCCCGCCCACCAGCAGCCGCCUCACUCACAGCUGUUACACCACCACCUUCCACAGGAUGCCCAGAGUGGCUCGGGUCAGCGUAGCCAGCCCAGCUCCCUGCAGCCCAAGUCGCAAGCCUCCAAACCUGCCUACGGCAACUCUCCAUACUGGACAAGCUGAACCCUGAAGAGGGGUGGGAUGGGUUGGGGCUUACCCUGGGCAGAACACGUGGAGCCCCAUUCUGGGAGCCCGGUGCCCUUUCCUAGAAUUCCUGAGACGUGUAACUGUGUCAGCGGAGCCUCUGUGGGGAGCCUGCCUCCCAGUCUCGCCAUUGUAUGUAAUGUAUUUAUGUAUGUAUUUGUAAAUGUGACAGAAGUCUUUGGGGAGGGUAGGGGGGGUGCUGCAGCUGCUACUCUUAGGUCUGUUCUCCCCACUCAAGCCCCUUCUCGCUGUAGCAAAAUAAGCCCCUUCCCCCUUCUGCCUUCAGGCCUUCCACCCCUCAGCCAGCAGGCUGCUAGGGGCAGUGUCUGGAAGGGCUACUUUAAAGCAGUUGGGUAAUGGGGCCAGGUACCAAUGAAGAAUCACAACUUAUCUUGUGCCUGUGUAAACCAUUAUUUUUCUUCCCUGUGUAAUUACUUUAUCCUUCUGUUUUUGCGAAACUGGUCCUUAUGUCAUUUGUCAUGUUCUUUUCCUGCCAAAUCUUAAUCUGGGGAUAGCAGAGAUAUCCCCUGUGCUCAACAAGUGUCACCUGUUUGUCUUCAUAGAGCAGGGGCAUCUGCUUCUGGUCUGGUCUGGUCCCCACAGACUUAUCUUCCUCUGGCUGACAAAUUUAAUAAUAUUCUAAUUUUGUGCUCAGAGAUGUCUGGCUAGUCAGCUCCCUUUUAAAAAAAUCAAAGAUAUGCUCAGUGAGAGCACGUCUCCAUGCACAGGCUCCUCUAUUCCAGUUGUCCUGAACCAGGUGGGCGACUGCUUCAGGGGUUUUCUCUCUUGCCCAAACUCCACCUAAUAAACUUCUGAGAGCAUG